AUGGCAACUCCACGCUGCUUUAUCAUCCGCCAUGGAGAGACCGAAUGGUCUCUCAACGGCCGGCACACGGGCAUUACGGAUAUCCCCCUGACUGCCAAUGGAGAAAAGCGGGUAAAGGCGACUGGGAAAGCGCUCGUCGGGGACGAUCGGUUGAUCGCACCCAAAAGAAUAGCUCAUGUUUAUGUCUCCCCGCGGAAGCGCGCACAAAAAAAAACCCUGGAGCUCCUUGGCCUCGGGUGCAAAGAAAGACUUCCGUGGCAAGAAACGCGGAAGCCGGAGAGCGAAGAACCCAUCCGAACAGAAGCCACAGUUGAAGUCACAGAGGCAGUCCGCGAAUGGGAUUAUGGCGAUUAUGAAGGCUUAACAAGCCAGCAGAUCAGAGAACUCAGAAAGCAGAAGGGAGAGGUCCCAUGGGAUAUUUGGAAGGAUGGUUGUCCGGGCGGAGAAUCACCAGAAGAUGUCUGUCGCAGGCUGGACGCCCUCAUCGCCGAAAUCAGAGCGAAAUACCACAGCAAGUGCUUCGGAGAGUCGGCCGAUAAGAACGCAAAAGGGCGACAUUGUCAUUGUGGCGCAUGGCCACAUUUUGAGGGCUUUUGCUAUGCGUUGGAUUGGAAAACCUCUCACAGAGACUGCUCUCAUAUUGGAAGCAGGCGGUGUUGGGACGCUGAGCUACGAACACCACAACAUUGA